AUGUCAUCGAACCCACGACAAGCCUCGACGCUCGAGGAGAUCCGUGACAUGCGAGUCUCCAGGUCCACUAAGGCUGGGUACAAGAGUGGGCUGAACCAGGUGAAGAAGUGGAUCAUGGCCCACGGCAGCCCCAUCAUGCUUAAGCAUGACGGAGCCAUCGACUUGACAGUAUUCCAGUACUCCGAUUUUCUCGCAUUCAUUCAAUGGCAAUACCAGUGCUCGAACAAACCCGGCACGCUUGCCAGCUACCGCUCAGCAAUAAAGGACCUGUACAAGCGGGAAAAUGUCCCGCUCCCAGUUGAGUAUGACGGCGACAUGAAAGGUCUGUUCCAAGGCCGAGCACACGCAAACUGGUGGGAUCAAGGAAUCCGGGAAGCGCCCGAUGGGGUAUAG